CAAUUAAUUAAUUGAUUGAAGGCUAACUCGGUUUUUGCCGGGAUUUGUAUUGUCUUGGUGACGGUUUGUUGCCUACCAACCUUCGACCCUCGAACAACUCAUUAAUGUAUUAAUAAGUGACACAUUCAUUCUUAUUCGAUGAACUGUGCCAAACCCCAGAUAGCGAGGCAGAUCCUGCGCGCUGGCCGCAGGAGUCCAACAUGUUCUCAGUGCCGCACCAUCGCAUGCAGCACGACGCUGUAUGCAGGCCAUAACAAAUGGUCCAAAAUCAGGCACGAGAAAGGCGCUGCAGACGCUAAGAAGACGGUUAUAAGGUCUCAGCUGGGCAAAGGUUUGACCUCACUAUGCAGAACUUUUGGCCAAGAUAGCCCUCAACUUGCAAGUGCCGUAGCUGCCGCCAAGAAGGCCGGCCUGCCCAAGGAAAACAUAGACAGUGCCCUCGCACGAGCCCUAGGGCGUUCCGCAUCGGGCGGCGCGCUCGAGAGCAUCACCGUUGAAGCCAUGAUUCCCCCUUCAGUUGCCAUCUUGAUGGAGGUUGAGACGGACAGCAAGGCCCGCUCUCAGCAGGAUAUUCACAAAAUCCUGAAGGCCCGCAAGGUCACUGUCACGCCGACCAAGUUCUUGUUUGGUAGGACCGGCCGUGUUGUCUUUGCUCCCAAGCCAGACUUGGCCGCCGACACGCUGAUAGAUCAAAUCAUGGACGACGCCAUUGAGGCUGGUGCGGAGGACCUCGAACUCAACGAGGAUGGGAAUGUGGUCGUCUGGACGCCGACUGCAAAUGUGUCUUUGCUAGCCAAGGAGGUUGGUGGCAAAUUUGGCCUCGAGACGCUUAGCACCGACAUCCUAUGGACACCCAAUGAGGACACUAUGGCUGAGAUCGACUCUGUCGAUGAAGCAAAGAAGUUGGCCGAACUGCUGACUGCCCUUCGAGAGCUUCCAGAGAUUCAAGCUAUCUAUUUGAACGCUUACCCAGGCAAACAGGCAGAGGAAGAUUGGGCAGAUGUGGACAGGAAUCUGGACACCUGAGGAACUGUAUUUUACAACGCACGCUAUCUGUACAUCAUGUUACACUUUUGUAUAAUAGAACCUAGAUCAGGGUUCCAUGUUACCCGGAGUGGAGAUCAAUAUCACAGCGGAUGUCCCCAAAACAUAAAAGGAAAUAAAUAUCACAACGCC